AUGUAUCCGGCGACUUUCUUGGUCAUCUUGGGCUGCGGCGCGACCUGGGCGGCGCCUGUUCAACAACAGCCGCUAACCGGAAACGGACGUCAUGCUGGUCCUGAAGGGAAACCGUUCACUCCCGGGCAUUGCGAUCCGCUGGAUGGAAAGAUAGAUACUGUUGGGGAGAAGAUCCAGCCAUUGCCAUAUAGAAAUGGAGAUGGCGCGGACGUCCUCGGGCCUCGCAAUCGGGCCCGUGAACGACAGAAUCCUGACCUUGUGCGUCCACCUAGUACCGAUCACGGAACGAUUCCAAACAUGCGAUGGUCAUUUGCCGACUCGCAUAUUCGCAUUGAAGAUGGCGGGUGGACGCGUCAAACAACUAUCCGCGAGCUGCCCACUAGUAAAGAGCUGGCUGGUGUGAACAUGCGACUUGAUGAAGGUGUAAUUCGCGAAUUACAUUGGCAUAAGGAAGCCGAAUGGGCGUACGUUCUUGAAGGGCACGUCCGAAUCACCGCUCUCGAUAUUGAAGGUGGAAGUUUUGUCGAUGAUCUUGAGAAGGGAGAUCUCUGGUACUUCCCAGCUGGGCACCCUCAUUCGUUACAAGGCUUGAGCCCCAACGGCACCGAAUUCCUGCUCAUCUUUGAUGAUGGAAACUUCUCAGAGGAUUCGACAUUCUUGCUGACAGACUGGCUUGCACAUACUCCAAAGCAGGUUAUAUCGGAGAAUUUUAAAUUGGCCCCUGAAGUUUUCGACGCCAUUCCUCAGAAGGAGAAGUACAUCUUCCAAGGCUCUAAUCCUGGUUCCAUCAAACCGACAAACGCGACUGGCGGGCAGGUUCGGAUUACUGAUUCCACCAACUUUGCCAUCUCUAAAAGGGUCGCAGCAGCUCACUUAGACAUUCAGCCAGGAGCUAUGCGAGAAAUGCACUGGCAUCCUAACGCUGACGAGUGGUCUUUUUUUAUCAAAGGUCGUGCUCGAGUCACUAUCUUCGCCGCGGAGGGAAAUGCGAGAACAUUCGAUUACAUGGCUGGCGAUGUGGGCGUAGUGCCGAAGAACAUGGGCCACUUUAUCGAGAACUUGAGCAACAACGAGCCACUGGAGGUAUUGGAGAUAUUCCGAGCCGAGAAGUUUGAGGACUUCUCGCUGUUCCAAUGGCUGGGAGAGUCGCCUCGGCGAAUGGCGAAGGAACAUUUGUUUGCUACCGACAAGAAAGCCGGAGAGAAGUUCGCAGAAGCAAUCCGCAAUGCAGAAAAGGAUAUAAUCAAAGCGAAGGCCGACUUUGACGAGGAAAAAGAGGAAUUGUGA